UAUCCCGUGUCAUAUGAAAUCUCGCGGUAGGAACCGACUCCGAUCACUACGUAAUGUGCCGUGCUGCUUCUGGCGGCGCUGGUGACAGUGCUGAAAGCUGUUGGGUAUGAAGUGAAACGGAACUGAAUUUUUUUGUACCAUCCGCAACUGCUUCUUCAAGUUCAGAUCACAACGAAGAAACAAAUUCAAGAGAAACAUCCCAAAACAAAGUCGUGUCAACUUAAGAAAAAGAGAGGAUCACUUCGAAGGAAAUUCUAGAAGCAACCAAUCAAAGAAACAACCAAAGACACCAGAUUGACGGCUGCCCAAUCGAAACGCAUACUCAAGAGAAGCAAUCCUUUGCCAACUUUGUAAAAUUGAGAAUAUUAUAACUGAUCUGAGACCAGAAGUUUGUGCCUACUCAACAGCUUUGACAAAGCACACGUCCCAACGCUGCUCCCAGCCCUCCUCAUCCUCACCGCACCACCGACUCACCCUGGGGUGCACAGAGGGCUGCUAUCUGCUAGUUUAUUUUUUUCAGUUCCUUUAACUGUCUCCCCAUCUCCUUCCUCUGUGUAUCAUCUUGCUGUGUUCAUUUUGUUGAUUUCAAGCAGUGUUUUUGCACCUGCGUUUGCCUUUUCUGUUUUUCUUUUUGCUUCAUGCAACUCAUAUCUAGAACUUGUGCCGGAAACCUGUAACAAUUAAGGUGUGUGAGAGCGAGUGAAUGAGAGAGAAGAGAAGAUCUGCUUAGGUGUUAGCGUUCAAGACAACUGCACAUUUCAAGACACCACAUCACGACUUCCAGAAGUGUAUCAUUCAUUGGUGGUUGAAAUAAAGGAAAAAAAAUAUCUAAAAGCAAGAGAAAUCGAAUCAAGCAAACCAGUAACAAGUACAACAAAGGGGUGGAGUUUAUGGAAAAAUAUGGGCAGCCCCUGGAAAGGCUUUGUUGAGUUUACCUUGCCCGCGUCGCCACCUGCCGCGUUUGUUAGCGCUGAUCUAAGCAGCAGCUCCCCCGUCGGACUCAGCCUGUCACCGUACGGCCGAUCCAUGAGUUUUGACCCGGGCAUGCUCCAUAACAACGGGCACACUGCGUUUGCAAACGGCACAGUGGCGGGCAUCAGGGAGACUGGCGUAGUGGAGAAGCUGCUUACCUCCUAUGGGUUCAUCCAGUGCUCUGAGCGGCAGGCCCGCCUGUUCUUUCACUGUUCGCAGUACAAUGGAAACCUGCAGGAACUCAAGAUAGGAGAUGAUGUGGAGUUUGAAGUGUCCUCAGACAGGCGCACUGGCAAGCCCAUAGCAGUGAAGUUGCUUAAGAUCAAGCCAGAGGUGCUUCCAGAGGAGCGCAUCUCGGGCCAGGUGGGGCCAGACUCGCACGCCUCUCCCUUUACUGUGCUGCAUGGUUAUAUUCAUCCAGUUGUCUCAGCCAUCUCUACUCACCUGGAUAGCAAGUCUACUCCAGGCCAGGUGCCCACUGGCAGUGUGUGCUAUGAGAGGAACGGGUAUGGAUUCCUUCCCUCACAGGAGGUGUUCUACCUCACCUACACCCCUGAUGACAUAGAGGGCAAUAUGCACCUGGACACUGGAGACAAAGUUAGCUUCUACAUGGAGACCAACAAACACACUGGUGCAGUAAGUGCUCACAAUAUCGUUCUGGUGAAGAAGAAACAAAUGAGGUGCCAGGGAGUUGUUUGUGCAACCAAGGAGGCCUUUGGGUUUAUUGAAAGAGCUGACGUGGUGAAAGAGAUAUUCUUUCACUACAGCGAGUUCAAGGGUGACCUGGAGGCCCUGCAGGCUGGUGACGACGUUGAGUUCACCAUUAAAGAGAGAAACGGGAAAGAGGUGGCCACAGACGUGAGGCUGCUCCCACAGGGGACCGUCAUAUUUGAGGACAUUAGCAUUGAGCAGUUUGAAGGCACUGUUGCAAAGGUCAUCCCCAAAGUUCCAACCAAGAACCAGAAUGAUCCGCUACCAGGCCGCAUCUGUGCCAGGAUCAGUUUUACUGACAAGGAACUCCUUUUUGGAGAGAAGGACACAAAGUCCAAGGUGACCCUGCUGGAGGGCGACCAUGUGCAGUUCAACAUCUCCACUGACCGCCGGGACAAGCUGGAGCGAGCCACCAACAUAGACAUCCUUCCAGACACCUUCCACUUCACCAAAGAGUCCCGUGAGAUGGGUGUGAUUGCUGCCAUGCGUGAUGGCUUUGGCUUCAUCAAGUGUGUAGACCGGGAUGCUAGGAUGUUCUUUCACUUCAGCGAGGUCCUGGAGGAGAGCCAAUUACACAUCUCUGAUGAAGUAGAGUUCACAGUUGUGCCCGUGAGUCCAGAGAAAACGUCCAUGGACAUGCUGUCUGCCCAGAGAAACCAUGCUGUGCGCAUUAAGAAGCUGCCCAAGGGCACGGUCUCCUUCCAUACCCAGUCUGAGCAGCGCUUUGUGGGCUUGGUGGAGAAGGAGUCUACAGCGGCCGUCACCAACAACAAGAGCGCAAGCCCAAGCAAGGCCAAAGAGAAGAAAAAAGACAAGGGUAAAGUAGUUGAAAAGGAAGCUGAAGAGGGAGUCAUUUCUUAUGAGGACUGUGGGGUGAAGCUGACUGUGUCCUACCAUGUCAAAGAUCUGGAUGGAGCUGCCCAGCCACAAGCCGGUGAUAAGGUGGAGUUCUCCAUCAAUGAGGUAAAGAGGACAGGCCAGCAGAGUGCUGUCACCAUCAAGAUCCUCAACCGGACCGUCAACACCAAGAGACUGCUGGGAUACAUAGCCACCCUAAAAGACAACUUUGGCUUCAUAGAGACGGCCAAUCACGAUCAAGAGAUCUUCUUUCACUACAGUGAGCUGUGUGGAGACUUGGAGAACUUGGAGCUGGGUGACACGGUGGAAUACACCCUGUCCAAGGGCAAAGGAAACAAAGUCAGUGCUGAGAAGGUUACGAAGGUGGCGGCAGGUAGGCAGGAGAGUAUUCCAGGGAAUGGUGUUGGGCAGGAUGUUGGUGAGGCAGUAAUGCUGGGUAAGGUGCUGCGUCCUCUGCGCAGCGUGGAUCCGUCCCAGACUGAGUACCAGGGCCUCAUCGAGCUCACAGAGGAAGAUGGCACAAAGGGCCAACAUUACCCUUUUGGCAUUGUGGGCAUGGCGAACAAGGCGGACUGUCUGCAGAAAGGAGAGAUGGUGAAGUUCCAGCUGUGCACAGUGUCCCAGACAGGACAGAAGAUGGCCUGCAAUGUCGUCCCCCAACGCAAAGCCCUUGUGGAAUGUGUCAAGGACCAGUUUGGUUUCAUCACGUAUGAAGUUGGCGAGAGUAAGAAGCUGUUUUUCCACGUGAAGGAGGUGCAGGAUGGCUUGGAGCUUCAGACUGGGGAUGAGGUGGAAUUCUCGGUCAUCCUCAACCAACGCACAGGGAAAUGUAGUGCCUGCAAUGUGCGCCGAGUCAGUGAAGGGCCUAAACCGGUGGCAACCCCCCGCCCCGAUCGCUUGGUCAACCGGCUCAAGAGCAUCACCCUUGAUGAUGUUAGCGCCCCCCGCCUAGUCAUUGUGAGACAGCCUCGUGGCCCUGAUAACUCAAAGGGUUUCAGCGUGGAGAGGAAAACCCGUCAACCGGGUGUCAUUGACUGAGCAGUUUAGACAAGCAAUCACCGGGUGAAAACCAGCCGUGCAACGGGUUUCUUGGCGGUCUUGCAGACAUGCUUCUACACGCGUACAUACUCUUAGUCUCUUACACAUACAGGGACAUAGACAAAUAAGCAUGUGUAACCCCUCUCCCUGUACCAUCACCUGCAAGGGACCCCUCAUUCCAUUUGUUCUCUACCGCCCAUGUUUGAUGUACUCGAUCCGGUUUCGUACUGCAGUCUACAUGGGUGAUCUCUCUUCUGAGUGUGUGUGUGUGUGAGAUUGUUGUGCAUAAGGUGUUUUAGAACUGGUAGAGGUUAUGGAGGAAUUUUGUUUUGAGGGUUUUUGUGCCCCUUUCGAAUUAUUGACGGUUGAGUGGCAGUGUCUUGUCCCCAUCUUUGCUCAAUCUGCUUCAAUGUCUGGAAUUCUGCACCUGCAACCUGUCAUGUAUAUGUGCGCGUGUAAGUGUGGGCAUGUAUUAGAGCUCAAGGCUUCUUUUCCUCCAUUUGUUCUCCCUUAUUUAAGGAAACUAAAUGAUUGUUUGUCAAUAGUUUCCACUCUGCCUUCCUACAAAACAACAACAACAACGUUUCUCCAUAAGGAGGAUCAUGUUUCUCAUUAUGUGGGCAAAAACACAGAGGCUACUUCUCUGCUCGGUUUUUUUGAGCAGUUUUAAAAACGCUUUAUCCAAGAGCUGGAGUGAAAGCAUGGUAUUGUGUGAUGUAUGUGAAUGUUUAAGUGACUAUAUUAUUAGGGUUUACUUUUACAAAUCUGGAGUCUUUAGAUACCUUUUCGGUACUCACAUGCUCCAUAAGCAACUUCUCCAGGUGCAGAAUUCCUAAUGGCAUCUUAUAUCCAGCAGUUAGUUUAUACAGUGUACUUUUUUUUGCACAUCUUUGCUUCUUUUGUUCCAUUGACUCUCAAUCUGCUAAUGAAUAAAUUGAAGUAAGAAUAAGGUGCCUAAAAACUACAAAGAGAACUAAAAAUAUUUGAUGUAUCCUCUGUCCCCAGCCAACUGCCAAAAUAUAAAGAACAAUCUUAGGAUGGCUUUUCUAGUAGACAUAAUACUGUUCUGCAUCCCAAAUACCUGUGGGUUGAAAUUUACUGUAUGUGUGCUUUUUUCUUAGUGAAAGAUUCAAACAUAACAAUAUAACAAAUACCUUUUAGUUAAGUUAAAAAAAAAAGGGGGUAACAAAAGAAACAAAGUAUUAGAAUUUAAUCUUAAGGAUCAGGAUAUCUAUUAUUGUGCUUUAGAGGCAUUGGUGGGUGAACUGUUGUGCCUGUAUGCACAUACGGGAGUUACAGUCAAAAAAUGUAAACUGGAGAUCACUGGGUUCCUCCUGAACUACACAGAGACUCUCCUAUGUACUUUUGUUAAUGGUCUUGAAUGAAACAAUUGAAUUAAAGUUUUAUGAAAAUCA